AUGGUGCAAGGUGAGGAGGCGAGCUGCUCGUGGAGGAUGGCGAGCGCCGCCCACGACCACCACGAGAGGGCAGUGCUGCACCUCAACCACCAAGCGGCGCUCGCCUACCAUGGCGGACUCCAGCUCCAACCCCAUCACCACGCCGCCGCCGCGCCGCCUGCCAGCUUCCUGUACUCCCACGCUUUCCAGCCCGCCGCCUACUUCGGGGAGCUGGAGGAGGCCCUCAUCCAUGGCGCCAACGCCGGCGUCGGCGUCGGCGUCCCCGACCACCUCCACCACCCACACCCUGGCGGCAUGAUCGCAGGCGACGCGCAGGCCAAGUCCGCGGCGGCAGGAGGAGGAAGGGGAGGAGGAGGGUACCUGGCGGGCGCGGGCAGGCCCCCCACGCUGGAGAUCUUCCCUUCGUGGCCAAUGCCGCACCCACAGCAGCUGCACAGUGCUGGGAAUUCGCAGUCAGUCGGGAGCACCACUGACUCGAGCUCAGCCCGGAACACAAUGGCGCAGAUGGAGCUGGUGUCCCCGGGCCCGGCCGGCAGCGUCCGGCCCUCCCCCUCCUCCACCACCUCCGAGCAGCGGCAACGGCAGGAGGUCAUGAUGGUGACCACUGAUGAUUACAGCUACAAGCCAGGCCUCCCCCCGCCUGCCGCCGCUGGCCUCGCCGCUGCCGCGCCAAGCUUUCAGCAGCCGCACCAGGGCCAGCAGCUGCAGCUGCACGGAGGAGGAGACCAUGACAAGAGGAAACAUGGAUCCACGAGGAAAGACGGCAAGUUGGUAGAUUCCAAGACCGAAAGGCGAUUAGCACAGAACAGGGAGGCCGCAAAGAAGAGCAGGCUGAGGAAGAAGGCUUAUGUGCAGAAUCUGGAGACCAGCAGGGUCAGGCUUCAGCAGAUGGAGCAAGAGCUCCAGAGAGCACGGUCACAGGGGAUAUUUCUCGGAGGGGGCGGCGCAGGCGGUGACAUGAGUCCUGGGGCCGCCAUGUUCGACAUGGAGUACGCGCGGUGGCUGGACGACGACGGCAAGCGGCUGGCGGAGCUCCGGGGCGGCCUGCAGGCGCACCUGGCCGACAGCAACCUGGGCGCCGUGGUGGAGGAGUGCAUGCAGCACUACGACGAGCUGUUCCAGCUCAAGGCGGAGCUGGCGCGCGCCGACGUCUUCCACCUCCUCACCGGCGCCUGGGCCACCCCCGCCGAGCGCUGCUUCUUCUGGAUGGGCGGCUUCCGCCCCUCCGAGCUCCUCAAGAUCCUGAUCGGGCAGCUGGAUCCGCUGACGGAGCAGCAGAUGAUGGGGAUCUGCGGCCUGCAGCACUCGUCGGAGCAGGCGGAGGAGGCGCUCGCGCAGGGGCUGCAGCAGCUGCACCAGUCGCUCGCCGACACCGUCGCCGCCGGCACGCUCAACGACGGCACCCCCGGCCCCAACUACAUGGCCAUCAUGGCCAUCGCGCUCGAGAAGCUCGCCAGCCUCGAGAGCUUCUACCAGCAGGCUGACAAUCUGAGGCAGCAAACGCUGCAUCAGAUGCGACGGAUUCUAACAACCCGACAGGCGGCUCGAUGCUUCCUCUCCAUCGGGGAGUACUACCGCCGGCUCCGAGCUCUCAGCAGUCUCUGGGCUUCCCGUCCUCGCGAGAACUUCAUUGGAACCGAGAGCCUCAGCCCAACAGGAACCGAGCUGCAAGGCAUGCAGCAGCACCACCAACCGCAACAGAAUCAGUUCUCCGGAUUUUGA